AUGGCACAGAAGAGCAGCGGCCUAAUGCGAAUGUGCGGAGUUCUCUUAGUGAUCUCAUUUCUGCCACGUGAAAUGACAAGCUCUGUUUUGACGGUGAAUGGUAGAACCGAGAGCCAUACUCUGAACACUCAGGUGGGCUCCGAAGCAUCUCUGAUGUGUGCUGUUCAGAACCACACGGGGGAUGAAGGACUUCUCUGGUUCCGAGAAGAGGGGGCAGUGGAUUUGAAGUCUGAAAACAGCAUCAAUUCCAGCGCCAUCUGUGUGACUUCCAUCACUGAAGACGACAAUGGAGUCACCUUCACCUGCAGGCUGCAGAGGGACCAGUCGGUGUCCAUCUCCGUGGUGCUGGACGUUCCUUUUCCUCCUCUCCUAAGUGGAGAUGACUACCAAACAGUUGAGGAAGGCAGUGCUGCGAAGCUGGUUUGCAAUGUGAAAUCCAACCCCCAGGCUCUGAUGAUGUGGUACAAAGACAGCAGCAACCUGAUCUUAGAGAAAAACCACCACCAAGUCCAACAGACAAGUGAGUCUCUUCAGUUGUCAUUCACCAAAGUCAAGAAAUCUGACAAUGGAACCUACAGCUGUAUUGCAUAUUCACCUUGGGGAAUAAAGACAAAGGACUUUCACCUCGUUGUCAAAGAGAGAGGUUCGACUGUACCAAUAGAACCCAUUAUUGCUGCAAUUGUUGUGGUCUUUCUGACAUUGUGCUUUGGACUGAUUGCCAGAAGAAAAAGAAUAAUGCAGUGCUGCAUAAAGGGUGAAGAUCCUCAAAGAGAAACAGCUCUAUGA